UCGCCUGUGCACCGCGGAGUUAUUGUUCACUUUGCAGCUCUGACAGUGUAGCCAAUCAAGGUUCAAAGUCCUCCCACUGCUGUCUCUAUCGGUUACAGUUGAGGUUAAUUUUAGUAGCGUGCAAACAGCCUAACCCGAAGCGCCGCUCUUGAAAAUGGUUUCUUUGUAAGAAAGAAAGAGACACGGGGAGAGAGGAAAGAAGGGAAGAAAAAAAAAAAAGUUGUGCAGCGCUUCAUUUGCGGAUCGGAUCGGCGGGACGUCCCUUCCCUUCAGCGACGUCGUCGGCUGAUCUGAAUUCCCCAUCCGCUGAGACGCAUGAGUGGAGUCUUACUGAGUAGGCGUUUUCUCGCCGGGAAGGGGGGGGGGGGGGGGGGGGGGGGAAGUGGUUUGUUUGCUCUCCGUGCACUCUGCUUUAACUCCAAGGACGAGAGCCGAAGAUGGCCUUUCGCUCCAGGCUGCCCGACCGAGACGAGACGGCAAACUCUCUGAGGAUGACAGAGAGGGAUCGCAUGGAGACCAUCGAUGCAUACGCGUGUCCGACUCUCGAGCUCAGCCGAGCCGUGUCGGUGUCUCUGGGGCUGGACCCGCUGUCGUCUCCGCUCGGCGGUCUGAACCAGUGCCCCAGCAGCGCCUUCGGAGACUGCGAGCCCGCCGCCGCCGGCGGAAACAGUUCCUGCGGUGCGCCGGAGUUGGGCACGCCUGGAAGCGCGAGCUCGGAAGGAAGCAGGCUGGUCCGAGCCGACAGCAGCCUCGGAGUGGACGAAUUUGGGGAGGUAUGCCACGGUUUGCGGCAGGUGAGCUGCGUGGAUCAGUUCAGUUCGGGGGACAUGGACGGUGCGCAGUCUGUGACGCGCGGCUCGGUCAUCUCCAGAUUUGUUUGCAGGGACUCGAGCAUGUUCAUGAACUCGAUAGCGGAGGUUCCCACGACCCCUCAAGUGACUGAAGUUGGAUCUUUGAAACCGUACUCCCCCUACUCCGCCGAGGCGAACCUGUACAGAGAGACCCAAGGUGUGUGGUGCGCAACCGAGCGCGCAUACGGCGAGCGACCCGAGCCGCACAGAGGCGCAUACGACGGACACAGUUUCUUGUGUAAAUACUGCGGACAAACCUCUUUCGGACCCAGGCAAGAGUGCGACUGUGUGUGGUACAGGAGAGGUGAGCGGGGCGGUAAAGGCGGCGCGCCAGUUUCGACGGUUCAGGCGUUCGGCCAAGUGGAAAGUUACCCAGACGCGAUUCCUCAAGGGCAAAGCGCUUUUUCCACUAUCAAGACUGAACCUUCCGUUUGGGUGCACUGCACAGAUCGCGGCUUCAGGCACGAGGAUUUUUUCCCAGGCGUGUUCCUGUCAGACAGGAGAGUGUGUCAGGUGUGCGGCGACGACGCCUCGGGUUGUCAUUACGGAGCGGUCACCUGCGGCAGUUGCAAAGUGUUCUUCAAGAGGGCUGCUGCAGGAAAGCAGAACCACCUGUGCGCCAGCCGGAACGACUGUACCAUCGACAAGCUGAGGAGGAAAAACUGCGCCUCGUGUCGGCUAAAGAGGUGCUUCAUGUCCGGAAUGAGCCUGAAAGGCCGUAGGCUGAAGGGAGCCGGACAGACGAGAGGGGGAGAGGAAGAACAGCAGCCUGGUGCCUGGGGGCAUGGAGACACGGAAGGGAAGCACAACGUUGUCUUGGAGCCUGGAAAUGCUGCUGCCAGGGCUCAAGGGCCUCAACUUUUAGGGAUCCCCCCAACUAUGCGCUCCUGCCUCUCCCUGCUCACCAUCCUGCAGUCCAUCGAGCCCGCCGUGGUUAACGCGGGGCACGACCCCGCCCAGCCGGACAGCCCCGCCUCCCUGCUCACCAGCCUCAACGAGCUCGGGGAAAGACAGCUGGUGACCGUCGUGCGCUGGGCAAAGGCAAUACCAGGUUUCCGUGACCUGCAUGUGGACGACCAGAUGUCGGUGAUUCAGUUGUCAUGGAUGGGGGUGAUGGUGUUCGCCUUGGGCUGGAGAUCCUACACGCUCACCAACUGCUCCAUGCUCUACUUCGCGCCCGACCUGGUGUUCAACGACCAACGUAUGCAAGUGUCCAGCAUGUACGAACACUGUGUGAGGAUGAAGCUGCUCGCCCAGAGGUUCUGCAAGCUGGAGGUUACCGAGGAGGAGUUCCUCUGCAUGAAGGCCCUGGUCCUCUUCAGCAUCAUGCCAGUGGAGGGCCUGAGGAGCCAGCGCUGCUUUGACGAACUGCGGACCUCCUACAUCAAGGAGCUGGACCGCUUAGCGAGCCACCACGGGGAGACCACCCGGACACAGAGGCUGUUUCAGCUCACGCAGCUACUGGACUACCUCCAGUCGGUCGUGAGAAAGUUGCACCAGUUCACCUACGACCUCUUCAUCCAAGCUCAGUCCCUGCAGAUGCGCGUCAACUUCCCGGAGAUGAUCUCCGAGAUCGUCAGCGUUCACGUGCCUAAGAUCCUCUCGGGCAUGGUCAAGCCCAUCCUGUUCCACAACACGGCCUAAGGGGUUCCGACGGCCACGUCCGGGCGGAUCUGAAACACGAGGGACGCGUUGCGGUUUUCACGAGGUGACGGAGCCUUUCAAUCGGACCCUGACAGGCGGAGGGGAUGGCGCAUUCUUCCAGUGUUUUGUAAUCCAGUAAAGUCCACUCUGCUCUUCUUUCUCGCUGCCUGCUCAGUGCAUCACACACACGCACACCCCCACACACAACAUGGUUUUUUCUCUCUUUUUCUGGUUUCUUGGAGAGCUGAUCACAACACUUGCAUGCAUUCCUGCACAUCAGCCAACGAAGUUGGGCAUGUAAAACCUCUUCAGCUCUUCUCACUGAUUACUGUCAGCUGAAAGAUAAAGCCAGUAUCGUAGUGAGAAAAACAUGUUUGCAGAAUUCUCAUCCCCAAAAAGCUUUUCUUCUGUGUGCUGCAGUAUGACAUUUGAACUAGCUUUUUUUCCACAAUGAAUGUGAUUGUGUGCACCUGACAGAGUCAGAGAGAGAGAGAAAAACUGCUUGAUUGGCAGUUAAUAAUAACGCAGUUGUGACUUGCAUGCUAAGAGGAAAAGUUAUCUCGCCCGAAGGCAUAUAAAAACAUUUUUAAAAGCUGUUCUCAUGUCUUAGAAAAAGAAAAAAAAAAAAAAAAAAAAAACUUGACAAAUAGUUUUAUGUAUUGUUCAGUGUGUUAAAAUGAACACCUUUAAAGUGCAAGUGACUGCGGUAAAGCUGAUUUUAAAUGUAUAUUUAUGAAAAAAAAUACUUUGGAUCCAAGUAGAAAAUGAUCAGACAGAAAAGUCUCAAAGACUUGUUUGCCAGUUAACACUGAGGGGAACUUUAUAAAAAAAAAUAAAAAAAAAAACAGAAAAGAAAAAGAAAAAAAUAAGCUUUUUGGAGUGCCAAACACUGUUCAAGUACAACUUUUUCAAAGUGGAUAUUUCAUAAUGCUGUGGAACUUUUCUACCGUUUCUUAAAGGUGUUCUUUGCAAAAUGCUUUCUUGUGUGUCGUCAUGUGUUCAUUGUAGCUUCGAUAAUAAAUGUCCAGUAAAGACCCGA